AUGAGAGUGACCCAUCGCCUGGCGUCCCAAUCCCUGGCCUCCAUCCCUUCUGAGGCCGCUUGGGCCGAGUCCAUCGGCUAUGACGCGAUUUCCAAAAACGAGACCGCGCACGACUCCUUCAUCCCGCUGACUCUCGCGGCAACCUCCACGACCCGGGCGAUGCUGCAGACCAGCGUGGCAAUCGCCUUUCCUCGAUCGCCCAUGAUCACGGCCUACACGGCCCGGGACCUGCAGGACCUGUCGCAGGGGCGCUUCCGGCUGGGGGUGGGAACCCAGGUGAAGGGCCAUAUAGAACGGCGCUUUUCCACUUCCUGGGAAUCGCCGGGGCCCCGACUGCGGGAGUACGUUCAGUCCCUAAAAGCCAUCUGGAAGGCGUGGGAGACGGGAGAAAGGCUGAGCUUUGAGGGCACCCACUACAAUUUCAGCCUGAUGACUCCUUUCUUCAGUCCAGGGCCCAGCGAAUUCCCGGCGCCGCCAGUCUUCACGGCGGCGGUCAACGCAUACAACUGCCAGGUCGCCGGCGAGGUUGCCGACGGGCUGAUGCUGCACAGCCUGACCUCUGCAGAAUACGUGCGAGACGUGGUGCGGCCGGCGCUGGCGCGGGGGGCGGAGCGCGCCGGGCGGGACGGUGGCAAGAUUACGGUCAGCGGGGGAGGCUUCCUGAUCACGGGGCCGAACCGCGCAUCCCUGCGAGCCGCGCAGGCCGAGGUGCGCCGCCGCAUCGCUUUCUACUCCUCCACGCGCACCUACCAUUCGGUACUGGCGCCGCACGGCUUUGAGGAGAUCGGCCAGAGGCUGCACGAAAUGUCCCUGCGGGGCGAAUGGGGGGAGAUGGGGGAGUUGGUCAGCGACGAGAUGCUGGAUGCCUUUGCCGUCUCUGGCGAGUACGACGAAAUUGCCGGGGCAUUUGCCCAGCGCUACGGCGGACUGGUGGAUGAGGCCAGCUUCACCAUGUAUUCAGAGCAUCCUCCCGCCGAAUCCGAACUACGGCGAAUCAUACGGGACUUCCGGGAGCUGUGA